AUGGGCUCAUCACCCAGCAAUCCCCCCCCAGAUGAACCGUCGCCUUUGCAGGCACACGGUGGAGGUUUCCCCGGCGCAAUCCUUCCCCACCAACAUCUGGUUGCCGCUCACGAUGACGCCCUCCCCACUGGGAUGGAGGUAGUUGGAGUUGGGGUUGACAGAAUGAUGAGUGAGGAUGAGGCUGCACUUAUCUCUCAUACCCCCCUUCCCACCACUGCGUGCAGCCCCACCCCGCCCCCGACAGCUCAGCUGAGAGGGCUGGAGGGUGAGUUGAGGCCGGUGCGACAACCACAUGCAACCCAGCCACAUGGGCCGGCGGUGCUUCACUCAUCUCUCGCUGGACCAGGUCACCCUCCCUCCCUUACAGACCUGGAGGCGUCGGAGCCCUCAUCGGGCUUGGGGGCGGCUGUAUCUGACUUGCUGGCGAUACAGAACACUGGCAUACCCCUCCCUACUCCCACCCCCCCGGCCCCAGUGGUACACGCCCACGAAGCCCCCCUCAUGGACCUCCCUCUUGCAGCCCCCAUCCUGCAGGAACCGUUUCACCCUUCUCCGAUGGAGACCGAUAUGAUCUUCAGACCGUGCGCCUCUGAUGCAGAUGUAGGUGCACCACUCCUGCCUGCCUCUCCCCACCCAUCCCCAUCACCAGCCCCACCUAUCACCACGGCAGAUAGUUCCGAGGGCACGGCCACGGCCGACCCCACCGACACAGCGACGUCACCAGACGAGGUCGUGAGGUGCCCCACAUGCCUGAGCUCCCUCGCGAACCGCCGAGCACUCCGACACCACAUGCCAUUCUGCCACCCUGCCGACGCAGCUCGCAGGGCGCAGGCCCUCCGCGACAGGGCCUCAGCUCUACCUUCCCUAGCAGAGCCCCGAGCCCAGGGGAUGCAGUUCACAGAUGCACAGUGGCGGUCGCUUGACUCCGUCCGGUGGUCGGAGUACUUUGCCCCGGAGCGCAUUCAUGCCCGUCCUCUUCGGCGUAUCCCCCCGAGGGUCCGUGGUGGGUAUCUAGACAUCCUCUGCGCCAUCUUAGCGCGGGUCUCCCAGGACCCAGAGGCACCAGGCCCUACUCUCCUCUUGGCGGCGGCACCGACGCUCCUACUGGCUCCGGCGACACCGCCAGAGCGUUCAAACACGGCCGCCAUUGCAGCGCGCAUCAUCCGUUUUGGACGAGGUGAGUGGGACGAGCUCAUCUCUGAGGCCCUACAUCGACGUACCCCCCUUCCUCUACGAGCAGCACGACACGCUCGCGCCACCACCUCCUCCCCCACACCGGAUGACCGUCGCAUUGCCCGCUGCCUACGUCUGGCGGCUUGCAAUGAGACCUCGCGGGCCUGCGCGGCCCUGGAGUCGGCAGAGGCGGCACCUGACACGGAGAGUUUCGCGGUGAAGGUGGAGGACACCACCUUGAUUCUGCACUUGGAGGCAGCUAGAGCGCGACUGCAGGGACUCUUGGGGACGGGGGACGGGGUACCGGGACAGUCACGGGCACCGUGGGGACAGCAGCAGCAGCAGGGUGGGCUCGGUCAAGGGGCUGGUGGGCAGGAGGGCCGAGAGGGGCAGGAUGGGCUGGCUAGUGGGGGAGAGGAGGGGGGACAGCAGCAGCAGCGGCAGCAGCAGCAGCAGCAGCAACAGCAGCAGCAACAGCAGCAGCUAGGCCAGCAGGGGCAGGAGGGGCAGACCCGUAGGGGUGAGGAGAGGGGACAGCAUGGACAGCAGCAGCAGGGCCAGCAGGGGCAGGAGGGGCUGGCUAGUGGGGGAGAGGAGAGUGGACAGCAGCAGCAGCAGCAGCAACAGCAGGGCCAGGAGGGGCAGCGGCAGCAGGUUUGUAGGGGAGAGGAGAGAGGGCAACAGCGGCAGCACCAGGAAGGUCAGCAGGGUCAACAGGGGCGGCAGCAGGGGGGUCAGCAUGGGCAGCGGCGUGUGGGUCAGCAGGGGCAGGCUGGCUGGGAGGAGGAGAGGAGACAGCAACAGCAGCGACGACAGCAGGAGGGCCAGCAGGGGCAGGAGGGGCAGACCAGUAUGGGAGAGGAGAGAGGACAGCAAGAGCAGCAGCAAGAGGGUCAGCAGGGGCAGCAGCAGGAAGUUCAACAGGGGCGACAACAGGAGGGUCAGUGGGGCCAGGCUACUAGGGGAGAGGAGAGAGGACAGCAGCGGCAGCAACAGCAGCGGCAGGAGCAGCAGCUACAGCAGCAGCAGCAGCAGCAGCAGCAGCAGCAGAAGCGGCAGCAACAGCAACAGCAUGGCCAGCAAUGGCAGGAGGGGCAGGUUGGUGGAGGAGAGGAGAGAGGACAGCACAGCCAGCAACAGGAGGUUCAGCAGGGGCAGGAGAGGCCGGCGAGUGGGGUAGAGGAGAGGGGACAGCAGGGGCAACAGCGGGAUGGCCAGCAAGGGCAGGUCGGGCUCCGGGUCCAGGGGGCGACCCAGCCCUUGGGUGCGGGCUGGUUCGGGGAGAGAGGGAGAGAGGAGGUGGCUGGGGACACGACGGCGGGAGCGCAGGGGUUAGGAGGGGAGGGUAUGGAGGGGGGGAUAGUGCGAGGGUGCUGCGGGGUUUGGGGUUGGGGAGAGGAGAUGGGAGGAGGCAGGUGGGUGGGGGAGAGCAUAGAGAGGCAGAGACGACAAGGGAGGAGGCACAGAGGGACCAGGCACAGCAGCAGCCAGUACAGCAGCAAAGGCAGGCUGGACGCACAGGCCGCAUAG